CUUAGCGACGUGGGCGUGGCUUAGCCGUGGAAGCACGUCCAGGCGGCGAAGAGGUAGCGAGGCGAAGAGGCAGGAAAGGAAGAACUGAAGCGGGGAGGCCGUGUCUUGUGAGCGCUCGAGAGGAAAUACAAUUCUAUGGCGACUUACCUAGAAUUUAUCCAGCAAAAUGAAGAGCGUGAUGGAGUUCGCUUCAGUUGGAAUGUUUGGCCUUCCAGCAGAUUGGAAGCCACCAGAAUGGUUGUUCCAUUGGCUUGUCUUCUAACACCUUUGAAAGAACGGUUAGAUUUACCACCUGUCCAGUAUGAGCCAGUUCUAUGCAGUAGACCAACCUGCAAAGCUGUUCUCAGUCCACUCUGUCAAGUUGAUUACAGAGCCAAGCUUUGGGCUUGUAACUUCUGCUUUCAGAGGAACCAGUUUCCUCCAGCAUAUGCAGGCAUAUCUGAAGUGAAUCAGCCAGCAGAACUUAUGCCCCAGUUUUCUACAAUAGAAUAUAUAGUCCAGCGUGGCCCGCAGACACCCCUGGUCUUUCUUUAUGUGGUAGACACAUGUUUGGAAGAGGAGGACUUACAAGCUUUGAAAGAAUCCUUGCAAAUGUCUUUAAGUCUGCUCCCUCCUGAUGCUCUUGUGGGCUUGAUUACCUUUGGUCGAAUGGUUCAAGUUCAUGAAUUGAGCUGCGAAGGGAUCUCCAAAAGUUAUGUUUUUAGAGGAACUAAAGAUCUGUCAGCGAAACAAAUACAGGAUAUGUUGGGUCUUUCAAGGCCUGCUGUCCCUGCUCAGCAAGGGAGACCACCUCAAUCCCAAGAAUCACCUCACCUUUCUAGCAGAUUUUUGCAGCCUGUUCACAAAAUUGACAUGAACAUGACAGAUCUUCUAGGAGAACUACAAAGAGAUCCUUGGCCAGUUACUCAGGGAAAGAGACCCUUGCGAUCUACUGGAGUAGCUUUGUCCGUUGCUGUUGGACUACUAGAGGGAUCAUUUCCAAAUACUGGGGCUAGAAUAAUGUUGUUUACCGGAGGGCCAGCAACUCAAGGGCCAGGCAUGGUGGUAGGAGAUGAGCUGAAAACUCCGAUUCGUUCGUGGCAUGAUAUAGAGAAAGACAAUGCACGAUUCAUGAAGAAAGCUAUGAAACAUUAUGAGGCAUUGUCUAAUCGUGCUGCUGCUAAUGGACACUGCAUUGAUAUUUAUGCAUGUGCUCUUGAUCAGACUGGUCUUUUGGAGAUAAAGUGUUGUACAAAUGUAACUGGGGGUUAUAUGGUGAUGGGAGAUUCUUUUAAUACUUCUCUCUUCAAGCAAACUUUCCAGAGACUGUUUAGCAAAAAUGUCAGUGGAGAAUUCCGAAUGGCUUUUGGAGCAACUCUAGAAGUGAAAACUUGUAGAGAACUGAAGAUAGCUGGAGCUAUUGGACCAUGUGUAUCCUUAAAUGCCAAAGGGCCAAGUGUUUCUGAAAAUGAGCUUGGAAUAGGUGGCACAUACCAAUGGAAAAUUUGUGGACUUGACCCCACCAUGACUCUUGCCAUUUAUUUUGAAGUAGUAAAUCAGCACAGCUCUCCAAUACCUCAGGGUGGAAGAGGAGCUAUCCAAUUUGUUACGCAUUAUCAGCAUUCCAGUACACAGAGGCGCAUUCGUGUGACUACUGUUGCUAGAAAUUGGGCAGAUGCACAGAGUCAGUUGCAGCACAUCGAAGCUGCAUUUGACCAAGAAGCAGCUGCUGUCCUGAUGGCUCGAUUGGGUGUCUACAGAGCUGAAUCAGAGGAAGGCCCUGAUGUCUUGCGAUGGCUGGAUAGGCAACUAAUUAGACUUGUGAGUAUGAUCUAUUGUAAGCCUAUGAAUUUUAGAAUUGAAAAGAUGAUCUUCAUGUUCCAUUUGCGACGAUCUCCAUUCCUUCAAGUAUUCAAUAACAGCCCAGAUGAAUCUUCCUAUUACCGUCAUCACUUUGCCAGGCAGGAUUUGACCCAAUCUCUUAUUAUGAUUCAGCCUAUACUUUAUUCUUACUCAUUCUAUGGACCACCUGAGCCUGUACUAUUGGAUAGCAGCAGCAUUCUUGCUGAUAGGAUUCUGCUGAUGGAUACUUUUUUCCAGAUUGUUAUCUAUCUUGGUGAGACUAUUGCCCAGUGGCGUAAGGCUGGUUAUCAGGAUAUUCCAGAAUAUGAAAACUUCAAGCAUUUACUUCAGGCUCCGCUGGAUGAUGCUGAAGAAAUUUUACAAACAAGAUUCCCAAUGCCACGCUAUGUUUACACAGAACAUGGAAGCAGCCAGGCACGGUUUCUCCUAUCUAAAGUGAAUCCUUCUCAGACGCAUAAUAAUCUGUACACAUGGGGACAAGAACCUGGUGCGCCAAUACUAACAGAUGAUGUUAGUCUACAAGUAUUCAUGGAUCAUCUAAAAAAGCUGGCUGUAUCAAGCGCAUCCUAAUUUUGAUACUAAAAUCUCAAAAGACUAGAAGAUUUCCAAGAUCCCUUCCAACUCUGUUAUUCUGUAAAUUUUGUAAUUCAAUAAUCUUAUUGAAUCAUGCUGCAGAUAGAUUACAGUCUACCAAGAAAUUAAUAACAUUCCUUUUUUUUAAUCAAAGUUUUAAUUAACCCAUAUAAACAGGGGAAUUUUACAUGUUAGAUUUAACUUAUUAAUAUACUUCUACAAAUUCUUCAUUUUCAUGUACUUAUCCCAAGAUCAAAAUCUGCAUUUAUACUGUCCUGCAUAGUUCAUAUUUCUACUCUUACAACUAAGCAAAAUAAACCUUAUAAUAG